UGCUCCGCUCGUCGGCCUGAGGUGGGGGCCAAGCGCCCUCGAGAGUCCGCGGAGGCGUGGCUGCUCCUACACCGCAAGUGCUACAGGACUACAGAAGUCCCUGGACGCAAGGCAGUGACUUUGACCUCCAGACUCUUAAAUAUAGGAGAUAAGACAGAUCUUGUGUUGCCAAAAUUCUUUGGCCCAUGUUUAAGUGGGAUGCAGCUAGCCUGGAGGUGUGAAUGAAUUUCAUUCACUGAGAAGUCUAGGGGUUAGUUAACCCUGAAAGAUACCCACACAGCAAAAAUGUUUGCAAAACUAAAGAAGAAAAUUGCAGAAGAGACUGCUGUUGCUCAGAGACCAGGCGGCACAAGGAUCCCACGCUCUGUGAGCAAGGAGUCUGUGGCCUCCAUGGGAGCUGACUCUGGAGAUGAUUUUGCUUCUGAUGGUAGCAGCUCCAGAGAAGAUCUCUCAUCCCAGCUUUUGAGAAGAAAUGAACAGAUACGGAAGUUAGAGGCCAGACUUUCUGACUAUGCUGAACAGGUCCGAAACUUGCAGAAGAUAAAAGAGAAGCUUGAAAUUGCAUUAGAAAAACACCAGGAUUCUUCCAUGCGGAAAUUUCAAGAACAGAAUGAAACAUUCCAAGCCAGCAGAGCCAAAAUGGCAGAAGGACUGGCUUUGGCAUUAGCCAGGAAAGACCAGGAAUGGUCAGAAAAGAUGGAACAGCUUGAAAAGGAUAAAAGGUUUCUAACAUCUCAGCUGCAAGAAGUAAAGAAUCAGAGCUUGAGCCUUUUUCAAAAACGAGAUGAAAUUGAUGAAUUAGAGGGAUUCCAGCAACAGGAAAUCAGCAAAGUAAAACACAUGCUUUUAAAAAAAGAAGAAUGCUUGGGGAAGAUGGAGCAAGAAUUGGAUGCACGAACCAGGGAACUUAAUCGUACUCAGGAGGAGUUGGUGACUUCUAAUCAGUUGUCAUCUGACUUAAACCAGCGGCUAGAAGAAUUGCAGAGACACUGCUCAACGCUGGAAGAACAGAGAGAUCACUUGACAGCUUCAAAAGCAGGUGCAGAACAUAAGAUUGUAGUCCUGGAACAAAAGGAACAAGAGCUCCAGGCGAUCAUCCAGCAGCAUUCCAUUGACCUACAAAAGGUCACUGCUGAAACUCAAGAAAAAGAAAAAGUCAUCACACAUUUACAAGAGAAGGUUAUAUUAUUGGAAAAGAGACUAGAACAGAAUUUAUCAGGAGAAGAUCAUGUACAAGAACUCUUGAAAGAGAAAACACUUGCUGAACAGAAUCUGGAAGAUACUAGGCAGCAGCUCUUGGCUACCAGGAACAGCCACACCAAGGCACUUGACCUCCUGGAGACUCGGGUGAAGGACCUAGAACAGAGUCUACAAGCUGCUGAAGAGCAGCUAAGCCACAGUAGAGAUGUUGUGGCUGGCCAGGAAGCCCAGAUCCAGAAGCUUAUCACUACAAACCAAGAGAACAGCCUCUCCCAGCAGCAGGUUCUUGCCCUGGAGCAGCAUUGCAGGGAGCGCAUCCAUGCCCUGGAGGCCCAAAUUGAAGCUCUGGAACAGACACGAGUAGCUGACCAGAUAGCCUCAGAGCAGGGAAUGCAACAACUGCAGCAGGAAAAUGUGGCCCUUAAAGAAAGCAGAAAUGAAUGUGAACAUUCCUUACAACAUCACCAAUUGGAACUAAAGAAACUAAAGGAUGAAUGGAGCCAAAGAGAAAUUGUGAGUGUAGCAAUGGCUCAAGCCCUGGAGGAGGUACGGAAACAAAGAGAAGAGUUCCAGCAACAGGCCACUGAGUUGACAGCCAUCAUAGAAGAGAAAAAUCAAAGCCUGUGUGAGAAGGAUGAGGCACUUCUCCAGAAGGAGCAGGAACUUCGACAGCUGGAAAAAGGUCACCAUUCUGCCCUGCUAAAGAUACACCAACUGCAGAGGGAACUAGAGGCCUUGAAGACUUGCAGGGCUCAGGAGGCAAUGCCAGCCACAACAGGAGAGGACUGCCUGCCACUGCAGGGCCAGGAGCCACUUGUCAUUUCAAAAGCCAUGCAGAAUUCUGAGUAUGAGCUUCCAGCUGCAGAAGGAACUCCAAAUGGUGAGGUUGGAGCUAGUGAUCUAAAGCAGCUACAGAAAGAAAAGCAGGACUUAGAACAGCAACUUACAGAGAAAAAUAAGAUUAUGAAGCAAAUGCAGCAGAGGAUGCUGGAACUUAAGAAGACUCUACAGAAAGAGUUGAAAAUCAGACCUGACAGUGAGCUUUUUGAGGUCCGGGAGAAGACAGGCCCUGAGAUACCAAAUAUGGCCCCUUCUGUCACUAAUAAUACUGACCUGACUGAUGCCCGAGAGAUCAACUUUGAAUACCUUAAACAUGUUGUUUUAAAAUUCAUGUCCUGUCGAGAAUCUGAGGCUUUUCAUCUCAUAAAAGCAGUGUCAGUGCUGCUGAAUUUCUCACAAGAAGAGGAGAAUAUGCUCAAAGAGACUCUGGAAUAUAAGAUGUCUUGGUUUGGAUCCAAACCAGCUCCCAAGGGCAGCAUCCGGCCAUCGAUCUCCAACCCUCGGAUACCAUGGUCCUAGAGCCACCCAAGGAUAGAGCUACAGGGGCUGACACUCUUCCUGUGAAAAGAAUACUGACACACAAAACUGGGUGGGUUUGUACAUCGAUGUAACUGCAGUAUUUUGUACAAGCAUCUAGACAGUUUACAAGACUUUAGGCCCACCUCCCUGCAGACUGAUAAUGAACUUCAGAGAGAGCUAAUUCUAUCAUAAUGGGUAUUAAAUGAGAAGGAAUCCUGGGCACUGCCCAGAUUUCUACAGUGCUGCUAAUAUCCCAGCUCUGGCCAGCUGCAACUGAGUCUUCUAUCUUUUAACAUUAGCACUUAAAAAUGAAGUGAUUGGCAUGUCAGGUGAAAAUUAUUUAUCAAGCAGGGGUAACAGGACUGAAGGUGGAGAUAGUCCUUUCAUAAAAAGCCAACUCAAGGGUGGUCUUUGGAGUCCCCUUCCACUAGCAUGUCUGGGUUUUCAUGCACUGUUGCCUCUCAAGAAAGUAUCAUUACACUUUGUUCCCCCAGCCACCUAGAACUUGAGAUGUGUCCAUCUCAUAGGUUACGGGGCCAGUGUGGACUGAUGAGUAUGCAACUUUCCAGUCCUGAGAAAACUAGCAAGCAGACGGAAUGAUCUCUACGUAUAGCACCAAAUACACUCAAUUGCCUUCUUAAUGAAUGUACUCGUCUUGGAUGGGUUGCUGGUAAACCAUUUUAAAACUAUUUUUAUAGCAAAAGUUCUUCGCUAUUCUAAACAUGUCUUCUGUAUUAUAAAAUCCAUUUAAAGAUGAAAAUGAGAGCUUCAAGUCUUUCUAGUGCCAGGACACAUGCCCCUUUGUAAUUUUUCUUGCCUUCUGUGGUACCUCCUCUCUGAAGCAGUAGUUUCUCCAGCUUUGCUCUGAAUUCUCUCAUAUUACCACUGAGCAAAUGCCGGUCACACUUCUACUUAUGAACCUGCUGAAUUCAAUGGAAGCAGGCUGUCCCUCUCCUACCCUCAUUAUUUCUGAUGACACUACAUUGAUACAUAGCACUCAGGCAGCCCAGCUGACUGCCACACUUGAUAGCACACAUGCCUCCGUUUUAGCUGAUAGAAACUUAUUCAUUUUUACACUUGAUCUAGAUAAGCCACAUCAAAUCCCAAGGGAAGCCAUUUGAUUGAGUUUGUUGAAACUUAGCAAGUAAGCUAAUAAUUGGAGCUUUUAAAGUUACUGUGUAUCUAGGUAAAUUUAUGUUCUUCAGCUUAAAGGCAACAUAUGCAUGUACAUGCAUAUAAUGUGUCAUACAGAAAUCAAAGUUUUUGUAGCAUUUGCCUUCUAAAUCUAAAUCAGGAUGGCAUUGCUUUGGCUGUGGCUCUUCUUACAGAAGUUUCCUUUAGGGUGCCACUUCCCAUUUAGUGGGCACAUGAAACUAGAGUCCCACUGUUACGGGAUUUUACAGGGGGAGAUGUAGCUUCUCCAAGUAGGACUCCUUCCCUUCCUCCUGUCCCAGGUAAGGAACCCCAGCGGACUGAACAGUCCACAGCCCUCCAGAAGCAGCUGCAGUCCCGGCUGUGGAAGCCCUUUCUACACCUUAGGUUUCUCAGGCCCUUGAGCUGGUAUGUUCAUCUGUCUGUCUCUCUCUCUCUCUCACACACACACACACACACACACACACACACCCCUGCCUGCAGGUUGUGUUGUGGCUGUGGGGCCCACUCAUUUAGAAUGGCUUUCCUGCUGCAUGUUGAGCUCCUCCAGCACUAGAAGAGUGCAGUAGCUAUUCCAAGUGGCUUCAUGCACUUUACUUCCAUAGACUUUGGUUAAGAGACAUUGUGUACUAGCCCUUUAUAUAUGAGCACUGGACUGUGAUCUUACUACCAAUGUAAAUAGGGAUAGUAUUAUCUAAAAACUGCUGUAGCAGAAUUAUUUGUGGUGCAAUACUUUUUGAUUAAAGCUCUUCAAGAUGCAACUACAGUGAGUUUUACUUGAUAAAGCUUGAGAUAUGUUUAUUUUGAUGUGUCAAAUCUAAUCCUUUGGGAUUUUGGUUGUUGG